CGCUAUCUCAUUCAGGUCGUUCUCUACAAGAAAGGUCUGACCACUGUCCUCGAGGGCUGGCUCUGGCCAGACGUACAUCGGCGACAAUGCUGCUGAAGCCCAAGCAGGAGGUGGGCGACAGUCAAUCCAAUGCUGAUGUACGUGGCCUUCGCAAGAUUCGAGCUCAGAGCCCUUGGACAUGGCGGCCAUUGACGCUCAUUACCACGGCCCUCGCGCUCCUGUCGCUCUCUAUCAUUGUUAGGUCCUCCCUCAAGCUCCAACUCGACCCUCAAGGGUGUGUCAUGUCCAUGAUGACGCCGACAUACAUCAAGCUGUCCGGCUUCGAUACCGAACACUCCCGCUUUGCAACAAAAUAUUCAUUAUAUCUGUAUCGGGAAGAGGGGGUCGACGAAUAUACACAAGAUAACAUCGGUUUGAGGGGAGCCCCGGUACUCUUCAUACCGGGCAAUGCUGGGAGCUACAAGCAAGUCCGUUCGCUAUCUUCCGAAGCGUCCCGCUACUAUCACAACGUGCUGCGGCAUGAUGCAAACACCAUGAAAGAGGGCGUCCGGGCCUUUGACUUUUUCACAAUCGACUUCAACGAGGACCUCUCUGCGUUCCAUGGGCAGACACUUUUGGAUCAGGCCGAGUAUGUCAACGAAGCCGUCGCCUACAUACUCUCAUUGUAUCAUGACGGUAACCGGCUACGCCGUGAUCCGCAGUUGCCAGAUCCAAGCUCCGUCAUACUCAUAGGUCAUUCGAUGGGUGGAAUAGUGGCGCGUACAGUCCUUGUCACGCCGAAAUACCAGGCGAACUCGGUCAACACGAUCAUCACCAUGUCGACUCCCCAUGCGCGACCACCAGUCACCUUCGAUGCAGAUGUUGUAUCUCUGUAUCAGCAGGUCAAUCAGUACUGGCGAGAGUCUUAUCUCCAGAGAUGGGCCAGUAACAAUCCUCUCUGGCAUACAACGUUGAUAUCUAUUGCCGGAGGAGGACGAGACACUACAGUUCCGUCGGACUAUACCAACAUUGCGUCUCUUGUUCCAGAAAGCCACGGUUUCACUGUCUUCACGUCGAGCAUACCCAAUGUCUGGACUUCUAUGGACCAUCUAGCCAUCACAUGGGCGGAUCAAGUGAGGAAGGUCAUCAUACGCUCACUGUACGAUGUUGUGGACGUCCGUCGGGCUGGUCAGACAAAGCCACGUGCCGAACGAAUGAAAGCCUUCAGGAAAUGGUUUCUCACGGGCCUAGAAGAGGAAACACCGAAGACUAUUCGAGAAACAACACACGAAGUCCUGCUUACUUUAGGUGAUCAGUCCAGGUCAUCGGUGGCUAAAGACAACAAUGUCACCUUCCGGCAACUCGGAGCACAGGACCAGCAAUCCGCCGUUCUGCUGCCUAUUCCUGUGGUCGACAACUCUACCUCGAAACGCUUCUCGUUCUUGACAGAUCAACGGAUGGAUGCACAGGGUAGCUUUGACAAGAUGGAGGUCUUGUUCUGCAGCGCUUUUCCACUUGCAGGAGGCCUGACAUCCAUGCCACUGCCGGUCCAAUUUGACUUCUCCCAUGGGGAUGCCAGUGCAACACGACUGGCUUGCAAAAGACCAGCUGGUGAUGGUAUCCUGCUCCCAGCAUCGACCAGGAGCUCGCAGAAUGCCUUCGAUACACAACAGCAACAACCUUUCACCUAUCUGAAUUACGACCUGAGAGAUCUCCAGGACUACCAAUUUGUCGCCAUUGUUGACAAGUCAACAGAGAUCAGCAACGGCUGGGCAUAUGCAGAAAUCGUGUCAAACGCCGACUCUGUCAUCGAUGCGAGCGUCGGCCUUCCGAGGCUUUUGCUUCGCGGCUUGAACGUCGAACUCCCACCUACGCGUCCUGUGGUGACAGAUAUUCGUGUGCCCUCACUACGAUCGAGCUUAUUGACCUAUUCGCUCCAAGUUCGUCAGCACGGCUGUGGUGCAGACUCCGAGCUGUUUACGCCACUGGUGAGGCAACACAUCGAAAAUCCGCAUGAGUCGAAGUUCUUCGUCAACUUCAAACAAGGAGACGUCAACCUCCACGGUGUGGCCCCGUUCAUGCCACCUACAUUGGAUGGGCGUGAGCCUAAAUCUGGCGUUGCUUUCCAGAUCUGGUCAGAUCCUACCUGCAAUUCUUCCUUGGAAGUUCGCCUGCGAGCAGAUCCAGUGGGCAGCUUGGGCAAGCUCGUGGUCAGGUACAGGACUGUCUUUGCAGCCUUUCCUCUGCUUGUGGUAGCCAUGGUCUUGAGGAAGCAGUUUAGGGUCUAUGACAACUCUGGGGUCUUCAUCUCGUUCUCGGAAAGUCUGGACCAAAGCCUGAGACUUCCUUUACCAAUUUUAUUGCUGUCGAUGACAUUCUUCGCGACUGCCUUUACAACGGCGGGUACCGCCAACAUUCAACCGGACCAUCACCCGCAGGCUAAUGGCACAGCUGUUAACUUUGCGCAAAACGACCUUCUUCUUGGAUCACAGGACACCUUUUUCUGGUUUCUCGUCCCGCUGGCUGGUCUACUCAGCAUAGGGGCAUGCGUGAUAUUAAAUUACGCUAUCUUGGCCCUGCUAGAUGGCGUUGUCAACAUCACUAGCCUCGUUUCUCAGAGUAACGUCAAGCUUGACGACGGCGAAAAGGGCGUUGCUUCCGCCUUUAUUGCCAGGACACCACGACGCCGGGCUAUCAACACGGCAGUCCUCUUGUUUCUUGUUGCAACAAUUAUACCCUAUCCUUUCGCGUAUGUGGUCGCUUGCAUUGUACAGCUUACGACUUGCGCACGCGCGUUGCGCCAUGCCAAAGAAUCUAGAUCCGGAGCGGCGCAUAAUUUCUUCAACUACACCUACUCGAUUCUUAUACUAAUGCUCUGGGUCCUCCCGAUAAAUCUACCGACCCUGGUUGUUUGGAUCCAUAAUAUGGCGGUACACUGGUUGACGCCGUUCUCAUCACACCACAACGUCUUGUCGAUAGCGCCGUUUAUCUUGUUGGUUGAGACUCUGUCCAGCGGCAUGAUGGUGCCCUCGGUCAGAUCGUUCAGGUGGGCGACGAAUCUAUUGUUCUUCGCUCUGGCGGUCUACUCGGCGCUGUAUGGCAUGACGUAUGCGUACAGGUUACAUUACAUUGCGAAUAUCAUUGCUUUGUGGUUGGUGCUGUUACAUUUUUCGAAUUACCGGCAGCGUAUCAAGACCUGAACAGCGGUCUGGAGGGAUUGAAGAGAUGGGAACACAGGCGUUUGUGUGAGUACCGAAGCUCGUUGUGGAACUCUGUGUAUCGAUGCAUUAGUCCUUCAAGGCAUUCUAAUGCAUCUGUUCGCCAUGAGCAGCUGUUGCAUGGAGUGUUUGCACAACCCCGGACAUGGACUCAGCAUCCUCCAAGUCCCCGCAAGAGGCUGCAUUUGUAUAUAUAUUUCCAGGAUAUAUGGAAGCCCUAAUGAACAAACGUUUAACGUCUG